GGCUGAAGCAGGUCUCCAGAUGCCACCCUCACCCUGGCCCCAGGGCACCUCCACCCAGGAAGAUGAGCUUCUGCUUGGGACCUCAUCUCUAAGAAUUGCCAGUGCCGGAUGCUCUCCUGUCCCUGAUCUCUGAUAAUAUAUUCAUGAUAUCCUUUCCUGAAACAGAUUGCUGUCUUUAAUCAAAAGCUUCCAGUGCCUGUAAGAAGUCAUUCAAAGAUUUGCCCGUUCUGGAAAAGAGGUUUCUCAGAAGAGGAAAUAGGUUGCUGCCCUGAUCUUAACUGGGGUUUUCCCCUCCUGCUGUUGCAUGGAAAGUCUGCACGCUUCUGAGUGACCUGCACGUCUCGGUUUAUGCAAAGGAUGGCUGGCACUCACAGUUUGUGGCUGGCCUUGAUCUCCUGCAUUCUGGCCUUGGCAUCUGUGGCACAGCCAGGUUUCAGUAAUCCCAUCGAAUCCAGUUCCUAUGGGCUGGGCUUAGAAUGCGGAGCUCCUGGCACCCCAGAGGCCGACCUCUGUUUUGACCCCUGCCAGAAUUACACCCAACUGGACGAUGUCUCCAGAAGCACAGACUACACAGGAGAAGAUCAGCUGUGCGACAAGGACAUGCAAGGCUGGUACCGCUUUGUGGGUGAAGGAGGAGUGAGGAUGCCAGAAACUUGUGUCCCGGUGUAUCGGUGCCGGACAGCUGCUCCCCUGUGGCUGAACGGCACCCACCCCUCGGUUGAGGCGGGCAUCGUUACCCGCACGGCUUGUGCCCACUGGAGCAGCAACUGCUGCCUCUGGAAGACUGAAGUGCAGGUGAAGGCCUGCCCGGGUGGCUACCACGUGUACCGGUUCCAAGGCACACCAGCGUGUGAGCUGAGAUACUGCACAGAACCCCCGACGUGCGAGAAGGCCUGCCGCCUGGAGGAGGAGUGCCGCGCCGGCGACGGAGGCUGGGACUGUUACUGCAGACAGGACCUCAACAGCUCGGAUGUCCACAGUUUGCAGCCUCAGCUGGACUGUGGAGCCAGGGAGAUCAAGGUGUCACUGGACAGGUGUCAGCUGGAAAGCUUAGGCUUUGGGGAGGAGGUCAUUGCCUACCUGCAGGACCGGACCUGCAGCAGCAUCGUGCAAAGGGAGGAGAGUAACUGGAUGUCUGUCACCAGCCCGGCCCAGGCUGGUGCCUGUGGGAACAUUCUGGUGAGAAAUCAAACCCAUGCCAUCUACAAAAACUCCCUCUCCUUGGUCAACGAUUACAUCAUCAGAGACAUCAUUCUCAACAUCAACUUCCAAUGUGCCUAUCCACUGGACAUGAAAGUCAGCCUUCAAACUGCCAUGUAUCCCAUUGUAAGUUCCUUGAAUGUUAGCGUGGGCGGAGAAGGAGAGUUCACUGUCAGGAUGGCCCUUUUCCAAGACCAGAACUACACGUCUCCUUACGAGGGGGCUGUCGCUGUGUUGUCUGUUGAAUCCAUGCUCUACGUGGGCGCCAUCUUGGAGAGAGGAGACACCUCCCGGUUUAACCUAUUGCUGAGAAACUGCUAUGCCACACCCAGUGGGAACAGGGAUGACCCUGUGAAAUACUUCAUCAUCAGAAACAGCUGCCCAAAUCUACUUGAUUCCACUAUCUCCGUGGAGGAGAAUGGGGUGUCCUCGGAAAGCCGGUUCUCUGUUCAGAUGUUCAUGUUUGCCGGAAAUUAUGACCUAGUUUUCCUGCAUUGUGAGGUUCAUCUCUGUGACUCCGUUAGUGAACAGUGCGAGCCGACGUGUUCGCGAAGCGGACUCCGCAGUGAAGUGGUGGCCAUCGACGCAGCCCGGGUUCUAGAUUUGGGACCCAUUACUCGGAGGCGUGCCCAGUCUCUUGGAUCCAUAAGUGGAACCCCCAGCACUGCAGGGUUCCUGGUGGUCUGGCCCGUGCUCCUCCUGCCUGUCCUCCUGGCUUGGUGGUUCUGAGAGCUCACCUGGGCAUCUGACCUCGAAGCUCACGUUCUUCCCAGCAGUGUUUCCCACGCAGCCUCCAGCAGCAUUGCUGUUUCCCUCUCCAAAUCACGUAGACAGUCUUGGUAAUAAUAGACUCAAGGCCAGGUUCGGCUUGGGGAAGGGGAUGCGCUUUCCCCUUCUUUAACCCUCUCCGUGCCUCUGUAAUUCCUCUUUUUCUCCUGGUGGGGGCCCGGAAGGCCUGACCUGGGCUGACUUUCUCAUUCAUUAGCGGGACCUUGAAAGCCAACUUGCUGGAUGUAUCAGGGUGGCUCCACCCCUCAUCAGAGAGUAGCACGGAUGUAUAACUCCAGGGACCAGGUGUUGGUGGGGGAGCUAGAAGAGGCAGCCCCACCCCCACAUGAAUCCUUCUCAAGUACUUCUGUUCUGACCACUGAUGAAUUGAACAGACUGACCCCUUGCUUUCACAUUGCUUCCUCUGAUGUGUUUCCAUCAUGGGCUCAACGAUCGCCAUGGCAACAUGUUGU